AUGUCUAAUUUUCGACCGCACCCCUUGCCCUUCACCAGUAAAGACCCCAGGAUGAACGACGCGACAGGAGAGGGGGAGGCUGCGAUUAGUGAUCCGUGUCUUUUCCCCUGUUAUGUCGCCUCAGAACCAGCGUAUGCCCUUGCAAGGAAGAUCAAAGAGAAGAAGCAUAAAAGAGAUGAAGCUAAAGCAACUAAGAAGAAAUUGGAUGAGGAAGAAAGCACCAAGGCGCAGGAAUAG